AUGUACCUAGUUUUGCUUCUCCUGGUACAAAUAAUGAAUCAUCAGCUUCUUGCAACAACAUUAACUCGUGAUAAUUUGUUAUCGUUGCUGAUGGCAUCGCAAUUUGAGAAUGAUCUGCGUCGAUCACUUGUGAAACGUUAUCGUUUAGAUGAAAUUGACGACGAACCUGUAAAACGCUAUCGUUUAUUUGAUACAGAUGAUCAAGAAGUUGUCAUUGGUGGACCAUAUAAAUAUGCGUGGAAUGUACCGUGGCGAAUAAUACCCUAA